GCUAACGAAACAAACAAGAUCAGUGAAAUUAUUAUGCAAGGAAUAUUAGCUUUUUUUUAAAGGAAACAAUUACUAAAGAAGUUUUUGACCAAUUGCAAUGUAAAGAACAUGCACGUGCGUUAUCGAUGCCUUUCUCAUCACAGCCAAGGUCGCUGGCUAAGGUUACUAUCACACAUUGCUUAUCACGCCUGUAGAAAAUGUGACUUAAAACCAAAAUAAUACAAUAAAGAAUUACCACAAAUUCAACAUUGCCAAAGAACUACAUGGUGUACCCACGCCAUCACAGAAGGGGGUACUCUUACUGCGCAUGAGCCUAGAAGUUUAUGACGAAAGUCAGAUAGCGUCCCUCUGUUGUGAAGAAUCUUGUUCGCCUCGAGGAUCAAUGUUCCUCUUUUGAAGGAGAUAAAUGUUGCACAGCCUUUAACCUGGUCAUUUUGAAUAACCCUUCAAGUAGCGGUGUUAACCAGCGAAGAAACUGAAUAUCAUUUCGUGAAAGAUUUUAAGGUUUGAAGUGGAAUAGAGAAAAACGCUAUGAGCCACCCGACGAACUUCUCCAAAGUCACUGAGACAGAAAAAUACAUCAAGCUUGGCUUGUAUGCAUUGACUUUUCUGCUUGCUGUAGCUGGAAAUUCUCUUGUUCUUCUUAUUCUAUGGAGGAAGAAGCGGAAGUCUGUAAACGACACACUUAUUUUUAACUUGUCAAUGUCUGACUUAACACUCAUGUUGCUGUCUUUACCAGUGAACGCUUUUUUCCUUGGAGGUAUCGAGUUUCCAAUGGUCUUGUGCAAGUUUGUCUCUCCGCUUAUGACCGCCACUUUCAACGUCAGCAUCUUCACUCUCACGUUUAUGGCGGUUUACCGCUGGCGCGUAAUUGUCAAUUCCUUACGACCGGAAAUGCGUCACAGAUACGUCAUCAUAUGGAUUAUCAUUAUUUGGAUCGCGGGAUUUGUGCUUCUACUUCCGCUCAUCAUUGUGGCGGAAACCGAGGAGACCGGAGGAUGUAAAGAGAACUGGAAACUAUAUCAGAGUCGCGUGUACACAGCAGUCUUGUUUGCACUGCAAUACGUUCUACCGCUGACAACCAUCGCUGGCGCUUACAUAUUGAUUGGAAUUGACAUAGGGAAAGCUAAAGAACGAAGCGACUCUGACGCACAGGAUCGCUUUGCUUCAGAAGUACGCCGAAAAGAGGACCUACAAAUUAUCAAGAUGAUGGGCUUGAUAGUGAUAUUAUUCGCAGUCUGCAUGUUACCAAUUCAAGUCGCUUGGCUUAUUGCCGACUUUGGUGCAGAGGAGCACAAAAAAGUCGGCGAUAUUUUAUUAAGAGUUGCAGAUAUCGCAGCGUAUUUGCACGCCUGUGUGAAUCCCAUAGUUUAUGGAACUAUAACAAGAUAUUUCCGUCGUGAAUACGUUAGAUAUGUGAAAUCCAUUUUCUGUUGCAGAACUUAAAACCGAAAAGCUUUUGCAUCAGUUUAGUAUGCAGCAUUUAGAGAACGAAACUACAGCUUGUAAGAGGCAAUCGAAAACUUAGGCUAAACUACACAUGAACUAUUAAACCCUGGAACCAAAGGAGAUCUCCACGUUAUUAUGGAAGAAAAACGCGAGAGGAAGAAUCAAGGAUAAGUAACAUUUGGAAAAUUGGGACGGAGCACUGCUUCCCGGAUAUCGGGGCUUACUUUGAUAGCAUACUUUAAAAGGUGCAAUUUAUUUGCAGUAAUUACAGAAAUUGAAGAAUCUUCUCACUUCAUUCGGAGAUACAGCUCCUUUAAAUUCGUGCAAAGCAGUAUAGUAAGCUAUAUGAUUAUGCAAUGUAUGUAAGUAACUGGUCUAAGACAGAGGGGAAUAAAUUACAAUUUAAG